GUUUCGUGCUUGUCUUUGAAAAGAGUGUGAGCCGCGGGGCCGCGCUUCCCGACGCCACGGGGGUGCUGGCUCGCGUGGGCUGUUGUGGUGUAGGGGGGCCCGGAGCGGCGGCCGCCAUGGCGCAGGUGCUGAACCUCAACAAUGAGGUUGUGAAGAUGAGAAAAGAGGUGAAGAAGGCCAGAGUUCUUACCAUUCGCAGACUCACCAGACACAUUGCAAAACUUAAGUUAAAAAAGGGUUCGGAAGAUGUGGUACUUAAGAACCAAAGGCGAGCAGAGAGAUUACUAGAAGAAAUUCAUGCCAUGAAGGAAGUAAAACCGGAUCAAGUAACCAAACUUGCUCUUGGAGGAGAGAUUAAUUUUGAGCAAGUCUGCAAAAAGCCAAAUUCCACUGCAGCUGACAGAGCGACUGCUAGACUAGCAACACACCCACUGUUAAAGACAAAAAUUGCUGAUAUUAAAGCUGCUGUAAAAGCCUUUAAGGAUGCAAGACGGAAGCCACCUAAAACUCAAUCUUCAGAUGAGCAUAAAUCAGAAGAACAGCUUUCUCAAAAGCCUAAAUUGAGGCAACAUUCUAAUAGCAAUGUAGAUAACCAGACACAUACACUGGUUCUAAAACAGCAAGAAGCUAAAACAAAGGUGAAUGUGAAAAAAGCCACUAACAUAGAAAAUAAACAAAUCUGCGAGAGAGAAUGUGAGCAGAAAUCUUCAGAAAUUGAAAGAACAGAUUCUCCGAGUGAUUUGUCACUACAAACGUCAGAAAAACAUGCCAUAGUUGAAGAUCAAACAGAACCGACAAUUGACUGGCCAAAAAGAAAAAAACUUACAAGUGCGAACAAGUUCAGGAUAACAAACAAAUCAAACAGUGAUGUUAGUGAUAUGGAAGAAUUUGAUAACAAGGAGUAUUUUGAUGACAGCACGGAAAAGAGGUUUUAUAACCAGUCAUCCGAUUCUGAAGAUAGUGAUAGCGAUGAUGAUUUCUUCAUCGGCAAAGUAAAGAAAAAGAAGAAGAAAGUGGCAGAUAGUGACCUUUCUUCAGCAAAGGAAAAGAAAUGUCUCAAAGAAGCAUUACUAAACAAAACAAAGAACUCAAAGUUUACGACGAUGCAGGAUGUGAUCACAGAAGAAAGUAAACCAAGUGCAAAAGCAGUGAAGUUGGAAUCAGUAUUUUGCAAUUCUCUGUCCAGAUCUGAUCAGAAAUACAAAAAUAUGAAGAGAAAUGUUAACUAUCAGACUUCCAAAAACAGAAGAACAGCUUUUCAAAAAAAUGAACUGCGGGUAAAGAGAACACAUCUUGCUAAAGCUGCAGGUAUAAAGUAUGAAAAUAAAAAAGAGCAUUUAGAGCAACCGCUUCAUCCUUCGUGGGAAGCAAGCAAGAAGCGUCAGGAACAAAUAUCUCAAAUUACAGCAUUCCAGGGGAAAAAGAUUAAAUUUGAUGAUGAUUAAACUUUUUUAAUGUAAAUUCAUAUUGUUAAAGAAGAUUCUUAUAGUUCCCCUCUAGUUCGGUAUCUACUUUUGAGAUGUAACAACUUGUGUUUUGACUGGACUUUUGUGACCCGGGUGUUAUAGAUUGAAAAGAGAAUAUUUAUCUUCUUGAUUGAGAUGAUACGUGCAAAGUUGUUUGGAAACUAAACCUUUUACAGUAUUUGAGAACUAGUGCCUUUUUCAAAUCAUAUUUACAUGUUUUUAUAAACUAAAUAGUAUCCUAAUCUUGAGAAAUCGGUGAUGUAGUCUUUUAAGGUUUUUUGGCAGGGAAAAAGCUAUUCCAGAUUUGUUUAUAAUGAAGAUUGAGCAAAUGAAACAAUUUGUGCUAUAUUAGUUGACUAAUUGGGAUGUCACAUAGUAUAUGGUUAAGAGUUCAGUUCUUUAGUGCCACCACCUGUGAAACCCACAAUGAAGUCAGGAAGGGGUUUAUGGAGCUAUUUUGUGCUCUGUAGUAGUUGGGAGUUUUCCUCUGUGGGGUUUCGCAUUAUGUAAGGUACACUCCAGAAAACUAUUUAAGGACUUCAAUAUCAGAAGAGAUGGGAAGGAUAAGUGCUCCUAGCUAAGAAAACGUAGUUAAAAUAGUUCAUUAAGGCAUAUGUUUAAAAUAUCAAAAUAUUUACUCUUAUCUUAGCUGGAAGAAGUUCAGAGCUCUGUUAGCUCUGAAGACAUUUGCUAAAUUCCAUAAAUACAUGAAGCAAGCAGAAAUGCAGAUCAGUAGUGUAUAUGGCAAACUCUAGAUAGCAAUAAAAACUUGCCAUCUAAAAAAUGUUCAUCUUUCUUGAUUAGAUCAACAAUUUUGAUAACUAAAGUACACAGUCGUGAGCAUUCCUGUACUGAAAGGAAAAUACAGUGUGCCCCACUUAAUUUAAAUUGCACGUAGUCAGAGAAUUAGGAUCCCAUCCUACUGAGUUCCUAACUACCAGAAUCAGUAAGAAGAGUAUAAAUUUUAAAAGUACCUUCUUAUUAAAUGCUAUUGAUUUGUUUGCCAAAGAUCUUGGUCUUUUUGAUAUCCCUAACUGUUGGAAGGGCAUUUGACUGUGUUGGAUGGUGCAGUCAGUUUAGUGUUCUGGAGUUCCUGGGAUCGGGGUGUGGGGAGAUGGUUUUUUAACCAUAUUUUUUUUCUUUAAAGAUCUUUCAUAUUAGUUAGUUUUAAAAGAUCUAUGAACUUAAUUGUAACUGUCUCUUCCUCGUUGUGGUUUAAUUGAAUGCUACUGUCCUUUAUACAAUUGAGCUGAAUCAAUUCCAUAAAACAUAUACACAGUUAAUAAUAUGGAUAUUCUAUGCUAUGCUUUGCUAUCCAUACAGCCGGAAGGUUUUUAUAUCCAAAGUGAAGUUCUCCCUUCCUGAAUUAUGUUACAGCCAUGGAGGAAUGUGGAUUUCAAUUAAGUUUGUGCCCCAGGAUGUUUUGAUUUUUUUUUUUUAUUCCUCAUUAUAUGAAACAGUGGUGUAUGUGUGGAGGUGGGGAUUUUAUACCAGAUCACAAGAGUUCAAGGCAUCUUCAAUAGCAAUAGACUCUUGUAAAAGUAAUCUUGUACUAGGUAAGCAGCCAGUGGCUAUACAUAGGAACUACAUUCAUUGUAUUUUGAACUUGUGUUUAUCUUCAAGGAAAAUCAUGUUUUGAAGAAAAAGUCAUCCUCUUGAAAGCAAUAUCUAGAAUACUGUUUUACAUAUUCUAGACAAGAAACUUUUCUAAAGGCUUAGUACUAGUCCAAACAAAUAUUUGAUGUGCAAUUUUCCUGGUUUCAAUAAAGGGCAGGAAACUUUUUCUCUUUUUGUUAGCUGUAAUCCUGUUAUAAAAAAUUUCUUCAUAGACAGCUAAUCUUUUCUGAAUAGGUGAAAGUUUCCAAUUUUGAGAAAUGACUGAUAUCCAUGGUCAAAUAAUUUAAAAAACAAACUUAUAAACUUAAAAACAUAAGAAAAAUGUAGAUCAUGUACAAUAUAUAGCUAGUUUUUAAAAGUUUAUAUCCUGAAGUCUCUCUUUACAUGUCCUUAGAGUGCCAGGACCAUUUAGUUUUUCUUGGCAGUUAAGAAUGCAGGAAGAGAUUUUGUUAUAGCUAUAAUUUAUAACCUUAAGUGUGCUCCUGGGGGUAUCUGAAACAUCAGAGCUUCCUUUUUUGCAAAAUCACCUUUUAAUUCUUCAUGAGCUUCACAGGAAGGCCUUGAUCAGAGAAAUCCAACCAUUAUUCCACAUUCUGAUGCUCAGUUACUGUAACUUUGAGGGAUGGAGCGGAAGGGUAAUCUGAGAGUGACAGAUCCUUUUUUAUUACCAUCCAUAUGGCUUAUGGGUUAUUGCUACUUAGGUUGUGCUUGGAGGCCAUACCCAUGCCGGGUCCCCAGUGUUCUAGGCACUGUACUAUAGAGAGCUUUAUUUUAUUGUAUUCGUGCAAGAGAACAACUCUUUCGAACUGAGGAGCCUAGUGAAUUUAUCUGAAGUUUAACACUGAGUUCACAGGAGUUUCUGUUCAGAAAAUAACAUACAAAGUAAGUAUACAUUUUGUUAAAAUGAUUUGUAUCUCUUUCUGUGUUAUUCUGUGGUAAACCUAUGGCCAAAUGAACCCAAAAAUGUGUAAGGGCCUACAUAUUUCCUCUGGUUUUAAUAAUGAUUAGUAUACUGAAAAGACAUUUCUUUGGGUGUGAACAUUAGAUGACUGGCAACUCCUAACAAGCUGUAGCAAGGUGCACAGUUCAAAAUAAAAUCACUGUUUAGUACUGUGCACAGAAGAGAUACUCUAUCUCAGUACAUAUUAUCCGACAAUUACUAAACUGCAAUUCAGGUUGUAAAUAUGUAUCAGUAGCUGAAAGUGAAAAUAUCUUAAUAGAUCGCACAAUUCUUUAAAAAAAAAUUGAUGGAAAAUCAAGAAACUUAAAUUUACUUUAAAACAUUAUGGAAAUGCUGAUAUUGCUAUCCCCAUUUUAAAGAUUUGAAAACUGAGACAGAUAUAGUAAAUUAUGUUGUCUAUGAAUUUAGUUAUGGAAUUAGAUAUGGUAUCAAGAGAGGGCCUGAUCCAAAGCCCAUUGCAGUCACUGGGAGUCUUUCCUGUGACUUAAAUGGGCUUUGGAUCAGACCUAUAGGUUCUAACUCUAGAUCUGUCAUUGACUUACUCUUUGUCAGGCAAAUCACUGAAACUGAAGAUGAGGUCCAGUGUAGGCAGGUGGCAUGUGCACUGUGUUUUGAUGCAUAUAUGGAACCAGGAGGAGUGCCUUUUCCAAUAAAUAAUUCUGAGUAUAUUUCCUAGUCUUAUCCAGACUGGGUACCUGAAGUCACAUGGAGUGUUAGACACACAGUAUUGUGUUUUGGGCUCGAGGCAUGCA